CCAAACACACAAGGGGCUUUCCUGCUUAUUUGCUUUCUUGGUGUGUAAAUCAUGACUAAGCCCCUUCCAAAUUCCGGACCCCUACGUCAUGGUCCAAUCUUACAAACCUUGCAGAGAUCUUGAGCCUGUCAUUAACCUCUGACGCCAAUCAUGUGGCCCAGAUCUUGACCUACGAUGCGGAACUUUAGGGUCUGAUUUCCCCGUCACCUGUUGUCCCCCUUGCCCGAGUCUGACACCCCUGUUGCUUGAAUCACCGUCGCCUGAUUAACUUCCUUUAACGCAACAGACCCCGCGAAGGGGUAGGAGGCGGACGCCCCCGGCUGUACUCCCGCGGGCGCUCACAGACGGAUGCCGCCCGCGGCUCCGACCCACACGUGUCCCCUGGGCCACAGCCCCUGGAACGGUCUCGGGAUUCCCAGCCUCUGGGCGCUUCCAUUCCAGCCAGCGAGAGGGGACGCUUAUUUAUUUAACAGCGCUCCAACGGAUACCAGUCACUUUCGACCUCCUAAAGCUUCCAUCCUAGAAAACAGUAGAAGUCUCCAGUCCUUGUAGAGCAGUAGCGGUCCGGGUGUCGGAACGCAGCCCGUUGGAGCCGAGGGUCGGGUCCUGUGGUCCCCCCUCCACGCGCAGCUCCAGUUGGUAGCGCCCGCUUUGUCAGCGCCCUGCGCUCGCCGGUUGCCUUCCAGCUCUCGCCGGCCCGCGGCAGACUGUGCCGCCGCCGCCGCUGCUGCUUCUGCCUCUCGCUCUGCCGCUCAGGACUUUCUCCUGGGCCUGAGGCUUGGUGGGAAGCAUCCAGAGAGCACCCGUGCGGACGGCCCCGACAGUGUGAUUGACUCUCCGGCCUCGGCCCCUGCCAGGCUCCGCUCCUCGGCGCGCGAGGGGCCGCGGCGGUUGUGGCGGUGCUGCCCGGCAUGUUUCAGAGCCCGCGGCGGCUCUGCUCCGCCCUGCUGCAGAGGGAAGCCCCCGGCCUGCGCCGCCUGCCCGUCCCCGGGCUGCGUCGCCCCUCGCCCCCGCCGGCGGCUGUCCCCCGGCUCCUGGCGGCGGCCUCGGCGGCCUCGGGCGCUGCGAGGUCGUGUUCCCGAGCAGCGUGUUCCAUGGGAAACGGCACGAGCAGACUCUACAGCGCUCUCGCCAAGACGCUAAACAGCAGCGUUGCCUCUCAGCACCCAGAGUAUUUGGUGUCACCUGACCCUGAACGUCUGGAGCCCAUCGACCCUAAAGAGCUUCUUGAGGAAUGCAGGGCCGUCCUGCACACCCGCCCUCCCCGGUUCCAGAGGGACUUUGUGGACCUGAGGACAGAUUGCCCCAGCAGCCACCCGCCCAUCAGGGUCAUGCAGUGGAACAUCCUUGCCCAAGCUCUUGGCGAAGGCAAAGACAACUUUGUCCAGUGUCCUCUUGAGGCCCUCAAGUGGGAAGAAAGGAAGUGUCUCAUCCUAGAAGAAAUCCUAGCCUACCAGCCUGAUAUAUUGUGCCUCCAAGAGGUGGACCACUACUUCGACACUUUCCAGCCACUCCUCAGCAGACUGGGCUAUCAAGGCACAUUUUUCCCCAAGCCCUGGUCACCCUGUCUAGAUGUAGAGCACAACAAUGGCCCAGAUGGCUGUGCCUUGUUUUUUCUCCAAAAUCGAUUCAAGCUCGUCAACAGCGCCAAUAUUAGGCUGACGGCUAUGACCCUGAAAACCAAUCAGGUGGCCAUCGCGCAGACCCUCGAGUGCAAGGAAUCGGGCCGGCAGUUCUGCAUCGCCGUCACCCACUUAAAAGCACGCACUGGCUGGGAACGGUUUCGGUCAGCGCAGGGCUGUGACCUCCUCCAGAACCUGCAGAACAUCACGCAAGGAGCCAAGAUUCCUCUUAUUGUUUGCGGGGACUUCAAUGCGGAGCCAACAGAAGAGGUCUACAAACACUUUGCUUCCUCCAGCCUCAACCUGAACAGCGCCUACAAGCUGCUGAGCGCUGACGGGCAGUCGGAGCCGCCCUACACCACGUGGAAGAUCCGAACCUCGGGGGAGUGCCGGCACACGCUGGACUACAUCUGGUACUCUAAGCACGCGCUCAGCGUGAGGUCCGCGCUGGAUCUACUCACCGAAGAACAGAUUGGACCCAACCGGCUACCGUCCUUCAAUUACCCCUCAGACCACCUGUCGCUGGUGUGUGACUUCAGCUUUAACGAGGAAUCCGAUGCACUUUUAUAAAAAGGCCCUCCUGCAUCUGUGUGAUCACAAGUCUUAACCAGGGAUGUUUCAGGAAACUGAAAUAGGAUACGAAGCUGCCUGAGGAAGGAUUCCUAGUUUCUAACGCUUCACUUUCCAUGUUGCCAGCAUGCCCUUGGGAAAAGUUAGUUCACAAACCCUUUCCAUUAAAGCCUACAGCAGAUAAAGCUGUUUGCACUCCGGUUCUGGCUUGUAUUCUUUCCUUUCCCUCAGCAUUACAACUUGAUCAUGUAAGGGCAUUCAAUUAGGCUCAUUUCCAGUUCGAGGAGGCUGUAAAAACUCCUUCGUCAUUAACAAGUAUAUAGAUUUCUCUAGAUGGCGUUUCAGGUUAUUUAUUUGUGGGUUUUUAAUAUGUCAGCAAGACAUGCAUGGCAAUAUUUAUUUUUUUAUAUAUUCAUGUAGAAUUAAGUAAAUGAAUUAGCAUCAUGAACAUUUUAGAACCAUGCAAAACACAAGCCGUAAUAAUAUGUGUACAAAGGCACCAUGUGGCCUGCAAGUCUGUGUUAUUUAAGUGCAUCAGGUCUUCUUGAUGCAGUCUGCAUUAACUAAUCCUUGCUCUGCCUCCACGUUCCCCACUAUUGUGUUUCUGGAAGAUAUUUCCAAUUAGUCCCCAAUUAUUUUAAUCAAUUAAUUUUCGUUGUUUAAUCACUUAUGUAUGUAUGCAUUUCUACUGGAAUAAUACUGGUAUACAUUUUUAGUGCUCGACACCGUCCUUUGCACUGGAACGUUUUCCACAUAGCUUGUUUCGCAGCGGUUAUGUGGCGGUGGCUAACAGUCCAUGGGCCCUUCUGUUCAGAUGGGAAACUUUCUAGAAAGCCUGUUAAUGGGCUGUCAUUGAAACUGCCCAAGAUUACUGGAUGACUGGUUCAAAACAUCUAGAAAGCAGAAUGUGGAAAAGUAGAAAGAUAUUCUGGUAAAAAUAACAGGUGAAGCCUCUCAAUAUUUUAAUGUAUGAGUUGCAAAUGUUUAAUAAAUGGUCUUUUAAAGCUA